ACAGCCCUACCGACCGAGACAGCGUGAAACAGAAGGGCUGCGGUUCUAGCUCUAGUAAGUCGCGACACACACUGUUCGGGCUGUGAGGACUUCUGGAAUGAGGAAGACGUGAUGGGCGUUGUGCAGAUAGACGAUGGACGAUCGUAGAAGCCACAACACAACCACGGUUAGGGCAGAGGGGAGUCAGAAACAGGAGGGGUUGAAGCAGAGCCAGACGAGAUGCCAGCAGAUAAUCCAGUUGAAGGAGAAGGAGCUGCAGGAGCUGAGGAAGGCUGUGGAGACUCUCAAGUCUGGUGCACAGACAGCAGUGGAGGAGAGUGAGAGGAUGUUUACUGAGAUGAUCCGCUCCAUUGAGAGAAGGUGCUCUGAGGUGACAGAGCUCCUCAGAGCUCAGGAGAAGGCUGAGGUGAGUCGAGCUGAAGGACUCCUGAAGCGACUGGAGCAGGAGAUUGCUGAGCUGAAGAGGACAGAUGACGAGAUGAAACAGCUUUCACUGACACAGGAUCCCACCCAAUUCCUCAAGAACAUGUCAAUCACUGGGACUCCUUACAGCACAAUUUCAACCAGCGUGACCUUCAGCCAAAGCUUCUCCUUGGAGCCCCUGAAGGAAUCUGUGUCUGCACUGAAGAUGCAGCUGGAGGAGAAAUUAGAUUCAGUCUUCAAGCAGGAAAUAGUCACGAUAUAUGCAGCAGCAGUGACACAUGUCCAGAUCAUCCAGAACAUACAGUAUACUGAUCCUGAACUCCCAGGCAAAAUGGCAGACAGUAAGGAUCUCCUGCCACCAACUGUGUCUGAUGGCCUGGCUCUCAUUGCCGAACCAGUGACCAGAGAGGAGUUCUUAUGCUACUCCUGUCACUUCACUCUGGAUCCAAACCGAGCCAACCGCUACCUGCAUCUGUCUGAGGGGAACAGGAGGGCGGAGAGGAGAGAUGAGGUCCAGUCAUAUCCCGAUCAUCCAGACAGAUUUUAUAAUUAUUGCCAGGUGCUGUGUAGAGAGGGUGUGUCUGCACGCUGCUACUGGGAGGUUGAGCGGAGCGGAGAGCUUAAUAUAGCAGUGUCAUAUAAAAGCAUGGAGAUGGAGGAUGGAGAGGGUGAUGAUGACAGAUUGUUUGGAUUUAAUGAUCAGUCCUGGAUGCUGAACCUGGACAGACACUGCUCCUCUUUCUAUCACGAUAGUGAAGAGACUGAACUCCCUCCAGUCGCCAGCUCCACAAUAGGAGUGUAUGUGGAUCACAGGGCAGGAACUCUGGCCUUCUACAGCAUCUCUGGAGACACAAUGACCCUCCUGCACAGAGUCCACACCACAUUCGCGCACACACUCUACCCCGGGUUUUCGUUUUGGGACAGAUCUUUACUGCAGCUGUUGUGAGGCAUGUACAUGGAAAGCACUACUCCUAUGGGUCAUUCAACACACACACACACACACACA